UUUUUUUAUUUUUAUGUUUACAUUUUUCUAAACAUAUUUAUAAUCAAGGUAGAAUUAAAUUAUUGCUCGUUCAAUUUCUUCCAUAUGAUAACUUAGUUUAUAUGAUGACAUUAAAAAUAUGCGUUCAAUGUGCUUUACUUUAUUGUUCCGAAUUAACGAUAAAUAAACAGCGGUUUCACCUUAAAAUAAAACUUGGUCACACAGUUAUGAACCACGUUAUAAACAAACAAAAGUCGACAUGGCAUUAGCGGCAGAUGCUUUGGGAUUGUAUGUGUCUUUUAAAUGCAUAUUGGGGUCAGGGAAGUUGCUCCCUAGAAUGCAGUAGAAAAUCUAAAUAUGUCCUUCCAUCCCGGCUUCGUCCCGGAAAAAUUCAUGGAUUCGCAUUGGAUUCGGACAAUUACCCCGAAACCAUAGUGUUGGCGUAUAGCGAAAAUGAGUUCUCAUUGUAUACAUGUAAUCUUAAUAGGAAAAAUAACGGGUUCAAGUUGGUUUACGAGGGAAAAACUAGAGACUGGAUUAACGCAGCUACUUUUUUUUCCGAAACGUCGAAAAAUAGUGGACAAUUCGUACUGCACAUGGCUCACAGUACCUUAAUACACAUAAAAUAUGCGUUCACGCCCAAUAUACACUUUAACGUAUCAGAGUUAGCUCAGUGUUCUGACUGUUCAAUUCUUUAUUACAGUCGUCUGUAUGGUAAUUCUUACGAUGAACUAACAAUAUUCAGUGGAAACGCAUUUGGAGAAUUGUUGGUUUGGCAACCCAAAGACGCGCUAAAUUCCAAAUCAUCAAUGUGUAAAACAUAUCCCCUUCUUUUACGAAUACAAGCACAUAACGGUGUUAUUCAUGCAAUUGAUUUAAACCUAUCGUCACAAAUAUUAACUACAACAUCCGAUGAUCGUUCUGUCAAAUAUUGGAGAGUUGAAAAGUUGGGAAUGAGGGAUGUCAGGUUAAAACCCAUGCUUAGUUGUUUUGGACAUAAUUCGCGUACAAUGUGUGCAAUAAUUUCAAAAAUUGGUGGCUUCGUAUAUAUAAUAAGCGGUGGUGAGGACUCUCACGUAUGUAUUUGGAGUCAUGUUGGAGAUCUUUUGUAUAAGCGUCGCUUCCAUUUCGGAGCACCUAUAUGGCGAUUAGGUAUAAAUAAUAAUUCUUCGAUACUUUAUACCACAGGUUCUACUGGAAAUAUUGUCGCUUGUAACCUUAAUAGUGUUGUUAAAAACCAAAAUAAUUUUGCUUAUGCGUUUGGCGAUAUUAAUUUAAAAAAUGAAUUUAUAAGAAGGAUAAAAUUUGUUAAAGAAAGUAUAAUUAUUGGCUUAAGUAACAUGAACCGUUUGUAUUAUAUGCAAAUUUCGGAUCAUUUUAAUGAGGCGGAAAAGUGGAUUUUAGUGAAUGACUUCCCGUCAUAUAAAUGUACAGUUUUUGAGGUAUCUAAUGACAUUAUUGCAACAGGUGGUCUUCGACGUAUAGCAAUGUAUCGAUUUAAAGGACCUAGGAUUUAUGAAAAAAUUUUUGAUGCUGAAAGGAUGACAGGGACAAUUCGAUCUUUUAUAUUUUUGAAUGAAAAUUACUUUCUCGUUGCUGACGAUUCGGGUACCUGCGUAUUACUAAAAGGAAAUAAUUUAAGAUUAGAUUCUUAUAUUGAACUUUGGUAUCCGCGUGAUCCUUGUAUAACUGCCGGUUUAUUUAUAUCUAAAAACUAUAUUUUACUGGGGGACCGCAAAGGUCGUGUUAUGCUUUAUUCCCGGAGCAAUGAAAAAACAUUUUCAUGUAAGAAAAUGCUAAAUUAUCAAGAAGUUAAAUUUGGUGCCAAUUUUUUUAAAUUGCUAAGACUAACUACAUUUGAUGCUUAUGUAAUGUUCGGUGGUCAUGAGUCAGUUAUAAAAUAUAUACAUAUAGGAUUACCGGAAUGCGAUUUAAAAGUCACACAACGUAUAAAUAUGCCUUUGUCGUGGAUUGAAGCGUGCCUUGGAAAUGAUAUAAUUUUGGGUUUUAAUGAUAAUCACAUUGUUGUUUGGUCUCGACAUUACGACGUGCUAGCACAGAUGCCAUGCGGCGGUGGACACCGAUGUUGGGAUUAUUUUAUGAACAAUGGUAUUAUUAAUAUUGUAUUUAUUAAGCAGAGGAAAGUGUUCUUUUAUAAGACUUCCCUUUUUAACCCAAUAUCCAAAAUGAUUAAGAACAUUAAAUGCAACACCUGGCACAUACGCAAUUGUAAUAUUUUGCGACUUCUUAAACACUGUGAAGCGCAAACAUUAAUUGUGUCGGCAGGUGAUGAUAAUAUUAUAAAAGUUACGUGUUUUUUGGACAAAGCGUCAAAUCAGUGUGCUGAAAUUCACUCACAUGUAUCAAGUGUAAGAUGUUUACAAGUUUAUAAAUUACAAAAUACUGAAAAUACUUGGAUUAUUUUUUCAGUCGGUGGCCGAUCUCAACUUUGCAUAAGUCUGUUUAACAUAAACCGGUUUAAAGAGUUUUAUGUACAUGAGCUAUACACAAAUACGUUGCAAAAUAUGUUAAAAAAUGUUUCACAAGAAGCAAGACUUAUGGCAAUAGAAAUUGCAAAGGGAGCCUUAGAAGAUUGUUUUUUAUUAUACAUAGCUGGUGCUGAUGGCAGAAUUUGUCAAUACCUUUGGAAUUUACAAAAAAAAACUGAGCUAAAAUUUCAAAAGGUUAUUUAUUUAAAAAAUUGCCCUAUUAAGCUACGCUUUAUAAAUGGUCUCGACUUACUACUACUAACAACGACAAGUGGCGAAUUAUAUGGUUUUAACAAGACUUUGUCAGAAAAAUGUUUUCAACUUCAGCUUCAUGAAACUGGUAUCAACGCAAUUGACACAUAUGUAGUUGAGCAUCUUUUGCAUAUCUUAUCAGGAGGAGACGAUGAAAAUAUUAAGUACACUGUGGUAAAUUUGACAAAUUUUACAGUGGAAUAUAAGACAGAAUUUAUUGGUCUUCACAAUACCCAAGUGAAUGCUUUAUCAAUACAUUCUCCUUAUAAGUGGAAUGAAAAAUCGGAACUUCUAGCAUAUACUUGCGGUAUAGAUAAACAGAUCUUUGAAAUUAACCUAAAAACCCAAAAGUAUGUUCGUGUAGGCUUCACCUGUAUUGCGGAUAUUAAAGGAUUGGAGAUAGAUAAUUGUAACAGAAUGUAUUUGUAUGGAAGCGGACUACAAAUUGUUUGUCCAUUAAAAUCUUAAUUUAAAUAUAAAUGUACAUCAAUAGGUUAAACAAAAUUGUGAUUUUCAAAAUUAAACUAAAAACUAUAUACAUACAUAAAAA